AUGCAGAGAUUAACGCUAAGGAGGCGCCUUUCUUACAAUACCAACUCAAAUAAAAGGCAAAAGGUUAAAACCCCUGGUGGCAAGCUCGUGUAUAUUUAUCAAAAAAAGCGUGGCACUUUCCCCAAAUGCGGUGACUGCAAGAGAAAGCUCGCUGGUAUCAAGCCCUCCAGGCCAAUGACCCGUGCCCGUAUGUCAAAACGUUUAAAGACUGUAUCUCGAACAUACGGAGGCAGCCGGUGUCAUGCGUGCGUCCGAUCUAGAAUCCUCCGGUCAUUUUUGAUGGAAGAACAAAAAGUUCUUAAGCAGAUACUGAGGGAAAAGCGAAAAGAAAGGAUAAAGCAAGCUGUUGAGAAACGGAAGGCUGCUGCCAAGGAAGAAAAGAAAGCUGCUGCCGCCGACGCAAAGUCGAAGAAGUAA